AUGAACCAGUUUGAUACCAUCUUGACCGGCAUCAUGUUUGGUAAUAUUCUAUCUGAUCUCGCGGCUGUAAUUCCUGAAAGUAUAGGGUUGCUUCCAUCUACUUCAAUUGGCGAUUCGGGUCCUGGAAUUUUCGAACCUGUUCAUGGCUCUUCACCUAAACACUACGGGAAGGAUACAGCGAACCCUUUGGCGGCAGUGCUAUCGGCUGCAAUGCUUCUGAGGUAUGGUUUGAAAGAAGAGAAGGCGACGAAGAGAAUAGAAGAAGCGGUAGAGGAUGUUCUAAACCGAGAAUUCAGAACUCGUGAUGUUCACACUUCUAUAAGUAGGUUGGUAGGUUGCCAGCAGAUGGGAGAGGAGAUUCUCAAGUCUCUUGAUGCCAAUGUCUACGCUCCCCCCGUUGGAAGCGUGUUUCAUGUUCUAUAA